GGAAUACAAUCAACAAGCAGACAACAGUUGUAUGAAAGUCAUGCUGAUUUUCAUGGUUGCUAAUUACAAUCUUUGACUUAAAUAUUAAGUUUAGGGACUCAUUUAGUCAUCUGUGUUUUCGUGCAAUGUACCAAAAAUUAUGGGACGUGAUGCGGCGCGUUGUUGUCCAGAAAAGGUUUAUUCACGACCAAGUUUCUCAAGGAAGAAUACAUGUUAAAGAUUCUCAAAAUUCUCUGUCUACAACAAAUUUGGGGACUGAUAAAAAGGAUGUAAAUGAACUGAAUGCAAAUGAAUCAUAUGAUUCUUUAAAGGAAGAACUGGCAGACGCUGUCACACCACUGUGGAGGAUUCCAUAUCAUGAGCAACUCAAAAUAAAAAACCAGAGAAAUUUUGAAAUCAUGGUCAUGUUAACAAAAAGGUUGAGGCCCAACUCCAAUUCCAGCAAUAUCAUCUGCCAGUUGAAGGAAACUCUACCGUCACCAGUUACCUUGCAUUACAGGAACAAAAAUGAAUUUCAUAUUCGUUAUGAUUCUGAUGGAAGGGCAGUUGUAGGACUGUGCGUUGGACAAGCUUCUAAGAACACCUUAAGGUGUAUCACCGCAGAAAAACUACUCAAUACGCACCCUUUCCAUUCAAAUGUGGCCCAACAUCUCCAGGAUUAUAUCCAGCAUCAGUCAAAAUGGAAAAUCUGCGAACAUUUCCAACGUGGUGGAAACUGGAGGGGUCUGACUAUUCGUUCGAAUUACAAGAACGAACAAAUGGCUAUUGUCACCAUUCACCCACAAAACUUAACAGGAGAAGAAAUUCAUUCUGAAAUGGAGCGGAUGAAAGAUUAUUUGUUGGCCUGCCCUUUGAGCAAUCAACUUGUUUCAAUUUACUAUCAGGCAUGUCUUCAUACGCGCUGUACUGCCGAACAGUCACCAUUCAUCCUACUGCACGGACAGUCUCACAUUUACGAGCGCAUCGGCGAAUAUGAUUUUCGCAUCUCUCCGGAGUCGUUCUUCCAAGUCAAUACGCAAGGCGCUCAAUUACUAUACGAAACUGUAGCCCGUCAACUUGCCCCAGAGAGAUUAUCCACUGUCGUAGAUCUCUGUUGCGGGACGGGUACGCAGGGGCUUAUGGUCGCACGCCAUUGUCGUGGCGUCAUAGGUAUUGAGCUUUCCCGAUCCGCCGUAGAGGAUGCCCGUUUCAACGCUGCUCACAACCAAAUUCAUAAUGCGGAAUUCUUCGCUGGCCGUGUGGAGAAACUUUUCCGACCCCUACUCGAACAGCUGGAUGCCGCACCAGAUAUCGCCGUUAUCGUCAAUCCGUCUCGUGGCGGAGUCGAUGAUCGAGUCAUUGAGUUACUGAGAAGCAACCAACGUGUUCGUCAUGUCGUUUACAUUUCAUGUCAAGCUGAUGGCCUUGCCAUGAACAACUUCGUGAGUCUUUGCCACCGGCCCACCCGUAAAAUGAAUAGUGAACCUUUUGUAUUGAGGAAAGCCAUCCCAGUCGACAUGUUUCCACAUACAGACCAUUGCGAACUAGUUCUCUCGUUUCGUCGUUGACCAUUACAUAAAAUGUUGGAUAAUUGUUGAAGGAAUACAGGAAAAGAGAAGUUUUUAAAUUGUA